AUGCGAUUAAGCUAACCCCGCGGCCAUCAGACGCCUCCCGCUGCGGAGUCCGUGACAAGCGUGGCAGUACCCGGCCGUCCUCACUAACCUGUCGUCGUCGCCGGCCUCUCCACCACACACGGCGAGGAGUAUAAAAACACGGCCUAAACAGAAGAGCGCCAAGUGAAAGCCAAAAGAUUCACGAGCUCGAUCGAUGAUCACAAAUCCUGCUACGCUCCACCAGAUCCGCCAAGCAACCACGCCAAGUCCCGCCGCCGGCAGGAUGCCGUGGUUCCCGGCGGUGCCACCGGCGCUGGCGGCGGCCGACGGUGGCCGGAUCAAGAAGCAGCGCGCGGGGCUCCCGAAGCUGCUGCACAAGCUCUUCAUCAAGGUGCUCCGGCUCAGGCCGUCGUCGGCGGCGGAGGAGUUCUACGGAUACCGGAUGGGCGGCGGCGGCAGCGGCGAGGAGUACUGCUACUACUACAGCUACGGCGGCGCGGGGUCGUCGUGGGCCGGCGUGUUGUCCUCCAUCCCGGAGGAGGACGACAGCUCCGAGGAGGGCACACCCGACGUCGCCCCCGGCCCCGCCGUGCUCCGCAAGGCCCAGUCCGAGCGCUUCGUCGUCGGCCCGCCCGACGCCGCCACCGUCGUCCACGUCGAGGUCCUCCUCUAGCGCCCACGCGCACAGGUCCUCCUCGUGUCGGGGUAAAGGGCGCCCCUAUCAGGGCCCCCCGGCCGUUCGAUCAUGAUCCAACGAUGGGCUUUAGAGGGGCCAAGAGCGCUUGCCGUCGGCGAGACACACUCAGAACUACCGGCCUUAACGUCCCCAACCAUCUCAAAGCUUAUCGGACGGCUCCAAAUCAAAGGCGCAGAUAGUAUCUCGGCGCCUAAUGGCUAAUGUACAGUGACAAAGAGGACCCAAAUCUAUAGUUCGUUGUGUAUAUUGCGAAUCUCAAGUCGGUCUUGUUUUUCCGCCGCUUGUCGAAAUUUGUUGUACACUGGAAACAUGAAUUUUCAUAACCAUAAGAAAGUUUGGGUUGCGAGGCCGCAGGAACACCUAUCGACCAAAAAAUUAAAGCAGAGAGAAAGAUUACUUGCCAUCAUAGAUUCAAGGUUGCCAUUUUUGGGCAGUAGAAGUUGCUGUCUUGUAAUUUGACAUCACUACCGAUGUGUGUGUUUAAUGUUUAUCCCGCAUUCAUUUCUGGGCAGUACAAGUUGCUGUCUCCUAGUUUGACAACACUAGUGGCCACUGUUAUUGUACCCUUUCGGUUUUUUUCUUUGCGUGUGGUUGAGGGCAGAAACCAAUUGAUCCACCUCUGAAUUUGCUUUUA